GGCCUGUAUCCAUUAAAACCCUCAAAAUCCAUAAUUUUGAAAAUGACAACCAUAUCCCAUUUUCACCAAUUUCGCUAAAACCCUGCAUCACUCCAAUCUCCCUCCCUCUCUCUGCGACUCAAUGCGAUAAGCCAUCACCCAUCCAUGUAUUGCUUUUGUUAAUCCGUAGUAAGUUUGUGUGUGUAUACAUAUAUAUUCAUCUAUAUAUAUGUUUGUUUUUUUAGUUCAUCGUUGAUUGGAAGUUCAAGAGCUUUGAAAUGAAGGCUUUCAGAGCUCUUAGAACCCUCAGAGCUCUUAAUUUGAAACCCCAAGAAACUCAUCUCCGUUCGGCGCUUUUCUGUCGAUUCUACGCGGCCCAACCUCAAGAAGACAACCCCAACAGUACCAAUUCCGAAGACGAGCACAGUGACUCCGUCUUCGAUAGCAGCCAAUACGCAUUACCUAACGUGGGUUUGGAUUCUGAGGCCGAAACCUCGCGAGAACCAACUUGGGACGAGAAGAUUCGGGCAAAAACCAAUCGGGCAAUAUUUGGGGAAGAAACCCAGUUCCAGAAAUCAAGGAUUGUGGAGAAGGAAGAAAGGAAGAAACACCGAGAGAAGGAAAAGGAAGAAGAGAAGAAACGCCGAGCUGGGGAGUUAGCGAAGGUUCUGCUUGCAGCAGCAUUAGAGCGGCUGGACGAGGAUGGCGAGGAGGAGGAUUUGGUAGUCAAGGAUGAAGACCAGAAAUCGUUGACAGUUGGGAUUAUUGGAGCUCCGAAUGCUGGAAAGUCCGCUCUGACCAAUACCGUGGUUGGGACAAAGAUAGCUGCUGUUUCACGGAAGACAAAUACAACUACACAAGAACUAUUGGGAGUAAUGACCAAAGGAAACACCCAAAUUUGUUUGUUUGACACCCCAGGACUUAUGUUAAGGAAAAGUGGAUUCCCUUACAGUGAUAUGAAAGCUCGUAUUGAAAGUGCAUGGAAUUCAGUUGGUCUCUAUGAUGUGCUCAUAGUUAUAUUUGAUGUUCACAGACAUCUUAACAAGCCUGAUUCAAGAGUGGUAAGAUUAAUAGAACGAAUGGGUUCACAAGUGCACCCAAAGCAGAAGCGCGUGUUAUGUAUGAAUAAGAUUGACUUGAUUAAAAAAAAGAAAGAUUUAUUGAAGGUUGCUGAGGAAUUCAAAGAUCUUCCAGGAUAUCAAAGGUAUUUUAUGAUCUCAGGACUAAAGGGCUCUGGAGUAAAAGAUCUUACUCAAUAUUUGAUGGAGCAGGCAUUUAAACGACCCUGGGAUGAAGAUCCACUCUCUAUGAGUGAAGAAGUUAUGAAGAAUAUUUCAUUAGAAGUUGUCCGCGAAAGAUUGCUAGACCACAUACAUCAGGAAAUCCCAUAUGAUAUUGAACAUCGCUUGUUUGAUUGGAAAGAGCAAAGAGAUGGCUCUCUUAGGAUCGAGCAGCAUUUCAUCACAAACAAAUUGAGCCAGCGCAAGAUUCUUGUGGGGAAAAAGGGAUCUAAAAUAGGGAGAAUAGGUAUUGAGGCUAAUGAAGAGCUAAGGUCUAUAUUCAAGAGGACAGUUCAUCUCAUCCUCCAGGUUAGACUGGUGAAAUAAUACAAUCGGCCGAUGAAUAGCAUAUCUGGGAUAUUACCUUUUCCUACUACGCCACCUGCUUUGUGUAUAUAGAGAGGCCGCUCGGUUGUAGUACUGUAUUUUGCUAUCAUUGCUCAAUGUCUCUUUGGACAUAUGGAUCCCAAAGAUCCAUUUCGCAAUGAUUUAUUAGCAAUAUGAUAUAAUAACCUCGUAUGAAGGAAGAAAUCCCAUAAUUUCUCUUUUGUCAUCUACUAAUCUCUUGAAAUUUAAGAUGAGAGUCGCUACGAUCUUGGUCUCAAUAGAGUCAUUUUUGUUUGGCUAAUGUUGUAUUUACAUACCAAAUAUUCAAAAACUUAAUUGAUGUACUUUUUUUUCCCUUUCCUUACCAACGGUUAAGGAAUUGAACUCUUAAAGCUUUGUAAGAUUUGUGAUUCCUUUUUUUUUUUUUUUUUGAAUAAAAUUUAUUAUUCUAUUUC